AAAAAGGAAUGGAAGGAAUUUCGAGUGGAAGCACGAUUAUAAAACCCCCAGCAAAGUGACACGCGGUCUUUUUUCGCUUCACUAUCUUGCGCUUUCAAAAUGGGUCAGGUAUGUUGUUAAAAAAUCUUUAUUUAUUCCUUCUGAGGAAGGUAUUUUAUGCAAUUAUCACAAAGGAAAGAGCUUACAGCGUUGCAGGCAGUAACGUUUAAAAAAUAUUGGCGUUUUUAUUGCUUUGUUGAAGUUCGAGUCAAAACGAGAGAAGACCAAUAUGGCCGCCAUAAAGUGAUCAUAAAUAACUAGUCUAUAAACUUGAUAUUACCUUCAACUUACAUGAUUAAUAAAGUUAAAUACUUGCAUUCUUUGGUCGUUAUUCGGGCUGGCCAGAGCUCUGGCAAUUUUUGAGGAAUAUUUAAGGAUAAAGUUAUGGAUAUACAAGGGGUUAUUUUGUGGAGAAUUCUGGUGACAAAGUUCUGCCAAACGUGUAGCAAUGUCGUUCUUUAUUUCAGAAAAAAAAGCAGCAGAAGAAAAAGUCGCAAUUAAAAUUUAACAUCGAUUGUACACACCCUGUGGAAGAUGGGAUAUUGAAAGCCAAUGACCUGGUAUGAAUGAAUGAUGAUGAGGACAUCUGAGGGAGAUGGUUAUACCCCAGACUGGAAAGUUUGGAAAUUGCAUGCCGGAGAUUUUGAAAAUUUAAUUGUAAAUAUAUAGAACGCAUCAAACGGAGAUAUCCGCAGCGCAAUACAAACUUUCCACACUGGGUAUACUGUACUUUGAUGACAAACCUGGUCUGUGGCAGCAUAGGUAGUGGCAAAAACACCAGAAAACUGUCGGUUGUUAAGGCUGAUUUACAUGACACAACUUUUGCCCAAAACUGUUGCAGGCAACCUGCUUACAACUUGCAUUGUACUGUGGAAAUGAAGCACACAACUCGCUUACAACAACGCACUAACUUCCUGAUGAAACAUCAAAGUUUUGCUUGUAUUUUUUCAGAUAGUCUGCAGCUUUAUGUGUAUUGUACUUUGCCUGCCUGACACAAUGCCACAAAAUAUAAUCAUUGUUUCGAGAAUAACUGGGUACAAAUACUCCUCAGAGCCAACUAACCAACCAGCAUUUGUGUAAUUGACUAGAGAGUAAAUAUUUUCUACUUAGGGCUAUCUUCCCUAAGUAUUUUCUCCCGUCAUUCUGUAGGCAGACUAUAUGAAAGGUCGUAUAAAGGUUAAUGGAAAACCAGGAAAUCUAGAGAACAAUAUUACAGUUGAAUGUGUGAAAUCAACAGUCACUAUAACUUCUGAUAUCCCUUUUUCUAAGAGGUUGGUAUUUAUAUACAUGCAGUUUACUGUGAACAACCCUUGUGCCUAUGCAUAUAACAUUCAUCCAUAUAAAAAUUGUUAGCAUGACCCCCUAAUAUCAAACAAUUUUUAAAUCCCUAACCCAGGUAUGGUAUAACACUUUCUCACAGAAUAACUCACUGUGGUAUUUUGUAAUUACAUUCUGAGUAUUAGCCAAAAUAUAUAAACACAAGAUAUUUUGUGAAAUUGAUCAAUCCAAUUAAUAAUUUAAUGCACUGUUCUAUAAUAAACCAUUGAUCGACUUUCUUGAUCAUUUGUAGUCAAAUGUUACUUGGAGUAAGGUGAUGAGACUAUUCCAACAAAUGAUUAUUAUGAUUCGUUACUACGGUUUCUGAUUACUCCAUUAUUCAAAAUAAAGCCCAAUAAUUUAAGACCCUAGUAGAAACAAGGUAUAAAUCAGAGGUACGAAAGAGCUGGUUGUGUCAACAAAUAAGUUCUGUUUUUACUAAAAUUUUUAUUUCAAUUUCUUUGAAGAUACUUGAAGUAUCUUACAAAGAAAUACCUAAAGAAGAAUAAUCUUCGUGAUUGGUUGCGUGUUGUGGCUUCAAGUCAAACUGCAUAUGAGCUGAGAUACUUCCAGAUCAACAAUGAGGAAGAAGAUGACGAUGCUGAUGAGGAAUCCUAAGUCUUCUAAACAAUGUACCUGAUCUAAUAAAGAAACAGU